UAACAACAAUGUCCGCUUGGACAUGUACACUCUCUGCUUCCCCUGUUUCUGUUCCUCUUCAACAGCCUUCCAAUUCAUUUACCCAAAAUUCACCAAGAAAACUACUUUCAACUUCAUCACCCACAAGUACACUCAUUUCCAAGAAAUUUCAACAAGAACCCACCUCAGAAACACCCUCUGCAGCUUCAUGGAUCGAUACUCUUCGGUCCCAAGUACGCUUAAAUUGCUUCAAAGAAGCAAUCUUUACAUAUAUACAGAUGACUUCUGAAGGUGUAAGGCCUGAUAAUUUUGUUUUCCCUGCUGUUCUGAAAGCUGGUACUGGCCUUCAGGACUUGAAUCUUGGAAAACAGAUAUAUGGGGCUGUUGUUAAAUUUGGGUAUGAUACGACAUCAGUCACCGUGGCGAAUUCUGUUAUCCAUUUACUUGGGAGGUGUGGUGGGAGUAUUGAUGAUGUUUAUAAAGUGUUUGAUAGAAUUACUCAGAGAGAUCAAGUUUCUUGGAAUUCUUUGAUAAAUGCUCUUUGUAAAUUUGAGAAGUGGGAGUUAGCAUUGGAGGCUUUUAGGUUGAUGGGGUUAGAUGGAUUCGAGGCUAGUUCGUUUACGUUGGUGAGCAUUGCGCUUGCUUGUAGUAAUUUGCCUAGGACUGAUGGGUUGAGGCUUGGCAAGCAAGUACACGGGUAUAGUUUGAGAAUAGAUGAUAGAAGAACUUUUACAAAUAAUGCUUUGAUGUCUAUGUAUGCAAAACUAGGGAGGGUGGAUGAUUCAAGAGCUGUUUUUGAGUUGUUUGCAGAUAGAGAUAUUGUUUCGUGGAAUACUAUUAUAAGUUCUUUUUCACAGAAUGACCAGUUUCGAGAGGCGCUGGAUAGCUUUAGAGUCAUGAUUCAAGAAGAGAUAAAGCCUGACGGAGUCACGAUUUCAAGUGUUGUUCCUGCUUGUUCUCAUCUGACUUUGCUGGAUGUAGGGAAGGAAAUUCAUUGUUACGUCUUGAAGAAUGAUGAUUUGAUUGGGAACUCAUUUGUUGAUAGUUCAUUAGUUGACAUGUAUUGCAAUUGUCAACAGGUUGAAAGUGGGCGUCGAGUUUUUGACAAUGCCUUGAAAAGGAGCAUUGGGAUAUGGAAUGCUAUGCUGGCUGGCUACACACAAAAUGGAUUCUUUACAGAGGCAUUGAUGUUAUUUAUAGAGAUGAUGGAAUUCUCUGGGUUGAGUCCAAACCCAACCACUGUCGCAAGUGUUUUUCCGGCUUGUGUACAUUGUGAAGCAUUUACCCUUAAAGAAGUCAUCCAUGGGUAUGUUAUUAAAUUGGGUUUUUCAGAUGAAAAAUACGUUCAAAAUGCAUUGAUGGACUUGUAUUCUAGGAUGGGAAAGAUAAAUAUAUCAAAGUAUAUAUUUGACAACAUGGAGAGUAAAGAUAUAGUUUCAUGGAAUACUAUGAUAACCGGUUUUGUAGUUUGCGGAUACCAUGAAGAUGCACUUAUUAUGUUACAUGAGAUGCAAACAACAGAAAGACACAAUGACUCUGAGAAUAAUGUAGAAUUUCGGUUAAAACCUAACUCAAUAACCCUCAUGACUGUCCUUCCUGGUUGUGCCUCGCUGGUUGCUCUAGCAAAGGGCAAAGAGAUACAUGCUUAUGCUUUUAGAAAUGCAUUGGCAAUGGAUAUUGCCGUGGGAAGUGCAUUGGUUGAUAUGUAUGCAAAGUGUGGCUGCCUAGAUAUUGCUAGGAGAGUUUUUGAUAGCAUGACUACCAAAAAUGUGAUCACAUGGAAUGUUCUCAUUAUGGCUUAUGGGAUGCAUGGGAAGGGAGAGGAAGCCUUAGAACUUUUUAGGAUGAUGGUGCUUGAACGGAAAGUGAAGCCCAAUAAUGUCACAUUUAUUGCAAUUUUUGCUGGAUGCAGUCACUCAGGCAUGGUCGAUCAGGGUCGGGAAUUGUUCCGAGAAAUGAAAAAUGCUUAUGGUAUUGAGACAACUGCAGAUCAUUACGCCUGCAUCGUUGAUUUGCUUGGUCGAUCAGGCCAUUUAGAAGAAGCAUAUCAGCUUGUAAAUGAGAUGCCCUCUAAGUACAACAAAAUUGGCGCCUGGAGUAGUUUACUUGGUGCCUGUAGGAUACAUCGCAACGUAGAACUUGGUGAAAUUUCAGCAAGGAAUCUCUUUGAGUUGGAUCCACAUGUAGCUAGUCACUAUGUUUUACUCUCCAACAUUUAUUCCUCUGCUGGGAUUUGGGAAAAGGCAAACAUGGUUCGACGUAACAUGAAAAAAGUUGGAGUAAGAAAAGAACCUGGAUGCAGUUGGAUUGAAUUAGGAGAUGAAGUUCACAAGUUCGUAGCUGGAGAUGCAUCACAUCCACAAAGUGAACAGCUCUAUGGCUAUCUCGAGACUUUGUCAGAGAAGAUGAAAAAAGAAGGUUAUGUGCCAGACACUUCCUGUGUUCUUCACAAUGUUAACGAGGACGAAAAGGAAAAUCUACUCUGUGGACACAGUGAAAAAUUAGCUAUUGCUUUUGGUAUCCUCAAUACACCUCCUGGAACCCCCAUACGGAUUGCAAAGAACCUUAGGGUAUGCAAUGACUGCCAUGAGGCAACUAAAUUUAUCUCGAAGAUUGUGAAGAGAGAGAUCAUUGUUAGGGAUGUGAGGAGGUUCCAUCAUUUCAGAAAUGGAACCUGUUCAUGUGGAGAUUAUUGGUGAUGUAGUAUGUUUUGUAGAUUUAUACAAAGUUCUGUUUAUA